AUGGCUCAGUUUUUAGUUAUUCUUGCACUUUUCUUUUUUGCCACAGCUGUUUCUGAGGCGGGAAACGCGUGCACUACUGGAAAUGUGUUGAAUCGACCGGUAAACGGUCAAGCCAUUUACUGGCCAUCAACAUGGAGAACGAAUGAGACUGCGCCAGGAUUAGAAGCGGGGCAAACUUGCAGUUGGACAGUAACUAUUCCAUCUGGAUAUUACGCGAAACUGGUUAUCAGUGGAAAAAUGAAUGACAACUCUUCCUACUUCAAAACUGUGGAUACUGCUGGAAAUAUUAUAAAAACAACACAUGAAAAUAAGGAACCCUACUAUUUCCCAUCCUCUAAAUUCAAUUUCAUUAUUUCUAAUGUUGCUGCUGCAACACUAGGAUUCAAAAUAACUUGGGCAAAGUUCCCAUCUGCACUCCAAUACUCCGCAGGAAUUGGAGCUACUCCAGAGCUUGUGAAUAUCACUGAAGGAGUGUUUGCUGCUGAUUACAGUGCUAUCACAGGACUCUCUCUUCUAGCCUUCCCUGCUGAUCCAAAGAAUUAUCAUACAUUGAGAAGUACACUUGUUUUUGAAGGAAAGAAUUAUGAUGGCAAGUAUAUUUCCAAUCUUUACUUGCUCUACAAGUCUGGUAAACAAUGGAUCUCUUCUGCAGACAUAAUCUAUGUUGUCAACCUUGAAGCUAGACAUCGACAAGAUCAACUGUUGGUUCAAGAAUCUGGAUAUACCAAGGACAUCACACAAUACGUUGAAAUGGACUGUGCGAUGAAUUCAACAUGCAACGUUUCUGUAGAUGGAGGUGACAAGAAAACUGCAUUCAUAUCAGUGGGACGGAAGACUGAUGUAUUGAAUUAUGUGUCGAUUAAUGUGAAUUCUUUUCUUACUGUUUACUACGGAUCACAAAAUCAACAUGGAUAUCAUGACAGCAUUUCGGGAUAUGAUAUUCAAUCGAAUCUUCCAUUGACAUUUGGUGCAGAUAUUAUUCAGUAUGUAAUCAGCAGCGGAAAAGCAUCGAUACAGUAUCAAGUUAACCCAUAA